CAUCCGGGUAUGCGCAGUCUCAUUCACGACUGCAUUAGACGGCUACAUCUCUAUCUCUUAAACUAGCAUCCCUGAAGUCUGAUUUUCUCACCAUGCCUUUCUCAGAAUUAUAUUUUAAUGUGGACAAUGGUUAUCUAGAGGGGCUGGUGAGAGGUUUUAAAGCCGGUAUUUUAUCUCAGGCGGAUUAUUUGAACCUCGUUCAAUGUGAAACUCUGGAAGACCUGAAGCUUCACUUGCAGAGCACUGACUAUGGAAGCUUUCUGGCCAAUGAAGCCUCUCCCCUCACUGUCUCCGUCAUUGAUGACAAACUGAAAGAGAAGAUGGUGGUGGAGUUCCGCCAUAUGAGAAACCAGUCUUAUGAGCCUCUGGCCAGCUUCAUGGAUUUCAUCACAUACAGCUAUAUGAUUGAUAAUGUCAUCCUGCUGAUCACUGGAACUCUGCAUCAGCGGGCCAUCUCAGAGCUGGUGCCCAAGUGCCACCCUCUCGGCAGCUUUGAACAAAUGGAGGCCGUCAACAUCGCCCAGACUCCAGCAGAGCUGUACAAUGCUAUCUUGGUGGAUACACCACUUGCUGCUUUCUUUCAGGACUGCAUCUCUGAGCAGGACUUGGAUGAGAUGAACAUUGAAAUAAUACGCAACACCCUUUACAAGGCUUAUCUAGAGGCUUUCUACAAAUUCUGCUCCUCACUGGGUGGAACAACUGCAGAUACCAUGUGCCCUAUUUUGGAGUUUGAAGCAGAUAGGAGGGCUUUCAUUAUUACCAUAAACUCCUUUGGUACGGAGCUCUCCAAAGAAGACAGAGCCAAACUUUUCCCUCACUGUGGCAAGCUCUACCCUGAGGGUCUGGCACAACUGGCCCGCGCUGAUGAUUAUGAGCAGGUUAAAGCUGUUGCCGACUACUACCCUGAAUACAAGCUUCUCUUUGAGGGUGCUGGCAGUAACCCAGGAGACAAAACACUUGAGGAUCGCUUUUUUGAGCAUGAGGUGAAGCUUAAUAAACUGGCCUUCCUGAACCAGUUUCACUACAGUGUGUUCUAUGCAUAUGUCAAGUUGAAGGAACAAGAGUGCCGGAACAUUGUGUGGAUUGCAGAGUGUAUCGCCCAAAGGCACCGGGCUAAGAUUGACAACUACAUCCCCAUAUUCUAAUGGUACAUGACAUGAAUCUUGAAUAAUGAUCCACAUGGCAUGUGUUAACUGUGCUGUUUAACGUGUGAAAACAUAAUGAUUCUGUUUCAUACCCUUUCCUUGCACUUCACCACUGUUAUCUUUCAUUAUGAUUAACUUUUUCGGUAAGCAAUCGUUUAUUUUUGUCUGAUGAAAUGUUACGUCAGAACAUAAUGCAGUGCUCAAAGUUACCAAAUCAUAGCAUAUUUUUCCUCCGAGAAUUGUUUCAACGUAGAAAUGCUUUUUUUCUUCUUGAUGUUAUGAUUCACAAUAUCUGAGAAGGUACCUGGCAACCAGUCACAUCCCAUUGCAAGGGAAAAUUGUCUCAUUGGGUUGUUAAAACUUGUGAAGGAGAGUUGUGUUUUUAGUCUAAGACCUUCAGAGAUCUUAUUGUGAUAUAUUUUUCAGCGUAAGGCUGAGGAAAAUAUACAUUCCAUCAUUAUUGUUUUGUGUGUUUUACAUAAAAAGUGAUUAUAAUUAUUAUUUUUAAUUCAUUUAAUGUUCACUUUCAGAUUACAAACUCAUUAAACUCCUGAUUUCAGUCUUUUAGAAGGUCCAAUAUCCACAUCUGAUGAGAGUUAGAGAAUCAUUGGUAAUUUAGACAAUGGGAUUUACCUUUCAAACGAGAAACACUGGGGAUUUAUGUGGAAAACUUUCUUUAUUCUACCUGUUUGUUAAAAUGAGACUUGUGUGCUUCCCAUUUGUAAAUUAGUGCUCAGAUUCGUGCAGUCUUAAUUUAUGGAGUAGAUCAUAUUUUAUGAUUGACAGCUGAAUAAGAGAGGUCAACUAGAUAUAGUAUGAAGACCUUGCAACAGCCAUCUUAUAAUGUAAAACCGCUUGUACUGUUGUAAACAUGUUGUCUGUGUUUUAAAUUAUAUAAAUUAAAUAUAAAAUAUACAUUAUAUGUACA